AAAGAAAAAAAAAAAAAAAAAAAAAAAAAAACCUCGUUCGUUAAAGGUUGAAGUUCCGCCGCUUCUACAACAGAAGUGUGACUCCCAACAGAAAAUCAAAAUCAAUAUCUAUGGUAUGCGGAUACGUACUAUUGCAGCUCAUUUGCGAAGAACCCUAGCUUCAUUUUCCAGGCACCUACAACAGCUUCAGAAAGGCUGCUCCACACUAAAGACAAAAUCCUUUCCUCAGAUGGAUUCCUCAGAGCGUUAUUGCUAUAACCCAACUCUUAAUUGGAAUCCUCAGGUUGAAGAAUACUUCAUUAAGGCAUAUGGUGCUGACCAUUUUGAUCGUAUCUCUAAAGCUCUCACGCGUCCUUCUUGCUACUCUUGCCUACGUGUUAAUGUAAUGAAGACAACUAGUGAUGCUGUCAUCGAAAAGCUGUUGAGUAUGCAACAUGGAACAGAUGGCAGAGACAUAGACAAUGAUCUCAUACACAAGUGCCCUAUACCUGGGCUAGACUAUGUUGUCUUUGUUCAAGGCACGGGACCUCAUAAAAUUGAAUAUGCUGAUGUAAUUGAACAGCCUGUAAAGGAGGUUAUUGUAAGCCGCAAAUGUGCUGAGGCUGUUCUUCGGGGUGCUCAGGUUUAUGUCCCUGGUGUUUUGGCGUGUAGUGCUCAUGUUGAAAAGGGAGAUUCUGUUGCUGUUUCUGUUGCUAUCGAACAACCUGAACCUGAUGGUAAAUGGGGAGGUACUGGAAUAACACGUGGGAUUGUACUUCAGGGCUCUGAGACAGAUCCCCAAUAUUGUCAGCGGAAAGGCCUGUAUAUUGGAAGAGGAACUGCAAUGAUGUCUAGGGCCGGAAUUUUCCGAGUGUUGCAAGGUAUUGCUAUUUCUAUGAGUAAUAGGAUUUUUGAUCUUCCUUCUUUUAACAAUGUGCUUGAGGGUGAGAUCUUUCUCCAGAACCUUCCUAGCAUUAUUGCUGCUCAUGCCUUAGAUCCUCAAAAGGGUGAAAGGAUAUUGGACAUGUGCGCAGCUCCAGGGGGUAAAACAACUGCUAUAGCUAUGCUUAUGAGAGAUGAAGGAGAGGUCGUUGCUGCAGAUCGAUCACACAAUAAGGUAAUGGAUGUUCAAAAUCUGGCUGAUGAAAUGGGCUUGAAGUCUAUAGUAACGUACAAGCUUGAUGCUCUGAAGUCUGUUGCUACAGAUGCUCUUGCUACAGAAAAAGUUUCUGGCAAGACUGAAGAUACAAAUUCGAAGUCUUGUUGCAUUGCUAAGGAAAAGAUGAAUGGUAAUUUGUUUCACAGGGAAAACAGAGUCAAUGGAGAUGGAAAUGGACAAGUACCCAAUAUCAUGUCUGUAUGCGGGAAGGAUAAACAAAGAACCAAAAAUGGGAUUGGAAAGAAUCACGUCAAUGGUGGUAGAGUUGAAAAAUCAAAAGGAUUUGCUCCUAACAGUUUUGAUAGAGUUCUGCUUGAUGCUCCUUGCUCUGCUCUUGGAUUGAGACCUCGGUUGUUUGCUGGUGAGGAAACCUUAGAAUCUUUGAAGAGUCAUAAGAAAUACCAGAGGAAGAUGCUUGAUCAAGCUGUGCAACUAGUUCGACCUGGAGGAGUUCUUGUAUAUUCAACUUGUACAAUAAACCCUGGUGAAAAUGAAGCUCUGGUGCGUUAUGCUCUUGAUAAAUAUUCGUUUCUGUCAUUAGCACCCCAGCAUCCAAGAGUUGGUGGGCCGGGCCUGCUUGGUCACUGUGAGUUGUCUGAUGGAUAUGUUGAGGAAUGGCUAAAGCCUGGGGAAGAGGAACUUGUGCAGAGGUUUGAUCCUUCUACAUCUGACACAAUUGGGUUUUUUAUAGCCAAAUUUAAAGUUGGUUGCAAAGAAGCAUGAGUCCGGUAGCUAUGCGCCAGAGAAAAUCUAACUAGCAUACAGGUAGAUUUUUGGACUUUUUUUUGUCACUGCCUUUAACCAGAUCUCUUUGAAGUUUGAAGAUACCAGUUCAUCCACGAUACUGUUUGAAGUUUGAGCCAAUUUUCUUGUGGCGACUAUCAUGAUGCUUAUGAUUAGAAGUAUUUAUACACCAUUCAUAUUAGGGAUUUAGGGAUCAUUUUUCAUUCUUUGAUAUAGCGUAUUUUUAUACUAAAUAUUCUUCUUGUGAUAGCUUUUUCAAAGAUCGUUUUGUAUCUCCUUGAGAAAGAUUCAUAUGAAAAAAUAUAUCAUGGCGUAUCAGCCAAAGUGUGAAGUGAUGAAGUUCUGGUGAGGCACCUGCAGCUUGUACUGGGUUCAAAUUUCGCAAACGAGUGUUGUAUACUGGAUAAGUUUAGGUGUAAUGAAUGUUUGGGGUUUGUUUUGAUGAGUAGAAACCUCUAUAGUAAACACCAAAUUAUCUGUUCAGUAACAUAAGAAAAUAGGGAGGAACUGAACUCCGCAUUACAUGAUCUUGUUAAUGUACGGUUGAACUCAAGAACACUGUUGUUUAUUCUUGUACAGAAA